AUGGCGCGCGGAACCUGGAUCAUUGCGAUAUUGGGAAGUGCACUGUUGGGUAAAGUGCAGGCUGAGGACCACGCCCAGAUUCCACUUCCUAGCUAUCAUUAUGGGGCGAGCAUACCCGUUAGUUGUCUGAAUAGGAGCAUUGACACGGGCGAGCAUAUGACAAAUGAGAAGAACGAGCUGGAAUACAUACCCUUUCCUAUUUGCAACGAGACCGGGAAGCCUUUAGAAAUGCAGUAUGGGGUUGAAGAAGAUCCCUUCUUUCAUUUACUUGAAUUCUACAUUCACAACGACGCGCCCCUCUCCUGCCGUAUUCCCUCCCGGCCACCACCCUCUGUCCACCACGCAGGUCACGUCCCACCACCCCAAGAAUACGUCCCCCUGAUCUUCGCGCUCGCCGGGACCCUCCAACUAUCACACCUCCACGUCUCCACACACCUCAACAUCCUCCUACACAGCACGCCCAAACACCACCUGCGCCCGCACGAUUCAGGCGUCAUCGAUUCUGGCGCCGCGUACUCGACGUCUCCUCUGUCCCACACGACGGGUCCCGCGGCCCUGACGCAGCGACUGGUGAUCGGCGACCCGCUGCCCCUUCAGUUCUCCGUGCGCUGGUUCCCGACGCCCCAUCUGCCGCGCGAGAACGGCAAGGUGCAGUGGGCGGGCAUGGGCGGGCAUUUCUAUGUUAGCACAGCGUUUUACUGUCUGGUGAGCGCGGGGGCUGGGGCGAGCGUGGUGACAGUGUGGUUUUGGGGUGUAGUGUUGCCGAAACGGAUUCGGGAUCGGGGGAAGGCCAUGGGUGGUGCGACGCCGCUUGGGUAUGGGGUUGGCAAUGGGUGGGGGAUGGGGAAGAGGGAUUAA